UUAUGAAGGAUCGAAGUAAGGACUUGUAUUUUCACUUGAACAGAAGUGUGUGUAGCAGCAGAAAGAAAGAAAGAAAGAAAGAAAGAGGAAUAAAAAUAAAAUGGGGAUCCGAUUCGUGUUAAUGGUGAACAAACAAGGACAGACCCGUCUUGCUCAGUAUUACGAAUACCUCACUGUUGAAGAACGACGAACCCUUGAAGGCGAAAUUGUUCGUAAAUGUCUCGCCCGUAAUGAAAACCAGUGUUCAUUUGUUGAGCAUCGCAACUACAAAAUUGUAUAUAGGCGCUAUGCAUCUUUGUUUUUCCUUGUUGGAGUUGAUGAUGGCGAGAAUGAACUUGCUAUUUUGGAAUUCAUACAUCUCUUAGUCGAAACCAUGGAUCGACAUUUUGGCAACGUGUGUGAGCUAGAUAUCAUGUUUCAUUUAGAAAAGGUACAUUUUAUGUUGGAGGAAAUGGUCAUGAAUGGUUGUAUUGUGGAAACGAGCAAAUCAAAUAUUCUGACUCCUAUUCAACUGAUGGAUAAAACAUCGUAAGAGAUACAAAGGAAACAAAAGAAGAAUUCAUGUAUUUCUAUGUUACAAUUACCUGUCACUGUUGCUUUAUGUGUACAAUCAAGUGAAUAUAAACUGCAUCGGUUUAUCUCCAAUUUUCUUUAUGAAUAAUGAAUAAAACAAUAGUUCGUAUUUCAUUUUUAUAA